AUGACGAACCAGCGCGCCUCGAAGAGAAGAAGGGUCUCCGACGUGGAUGAAGAGGGGGACACAGAGAUGCUCGAUUCUAAUGAUGCUUCGUCGUCGCCAUCAGUGAAGAAUGAAGGAUCUGACGACGACGCAUACACACCGACUACACCGACAAGAUCCACGCGCCGGCGAACGUCGCGACCAAGCCAGAAGGUAGCCCAGGAUAAUGAAGGAGAAACGAAUGCCGAAACACCUACCAAGUCUGGGCUACGGUCGAGUGGACGACAACGGAAACAGCCGCAGAGGUUCGAGCAAGAAUUGAAGGCUCCAUCUUCAGCGAGGAAGACGGCCGGGACGCCUAAAAGUACUGAUCGCACCCCGAGAAGCACGCGGAAGACCAGACAGGCAUCUGAAGUAGAGAAAGAGGAAGAAAACGAGGAAGAGCAAUCGCCAGAACCGCAGCCGACAACGCUGGCGAGGACAAGGUCUAAGAGAGCCACUGUGAACUACAAUGAAGAUCAAGACGAGGAACGAGAGAACACGGCGCAAUCCGGCUCACCAGACGAGGGCGACCAAGACGGGAUUGACGAUCUAGUUGCGAUGCAAUUACAGCAAGACCUCUAUCCUGAACAGGGGGGUAAAGAUGCAGUGCCACCAACGGAGCUGCUGCCUGACUACGUUGAGAAUAUCCAAGCUCUGGCCCAGGGAGAUAACUUUCAAAAAGAGCUGCAGGUGCUGACACAGGUCGUACUCGAAAAACUUAAUGGAAAGAGACAAAUUCCUCUGAAAGGGUUAGAAACCGAGUAUCAGAAGGUCUACCACCUUGUUGAGCAGACAGUUACUUCUGGCGAAGGUAACUCGAUGUUGCUUCUUGGGUCUCGAGGAUGCGGCAAGACGGCUAUAGUCGAGACUGUGCUAUCGACAUUGGCAAAGGAGCAUGCGAAUGAUUUCCAUGUUGUCCGUCUUAAUGGCUUCCUGCACACUGAUGACCGACUGGCCCUCCGUGAGAUGUGGCGCCAGCUCGGCCGUGAAAUGAAUACGGAAGAGGAAGCCGGCAAGAUCAACAGUUACGCUGAUACGAUGGCUACAUUACUGGCGUUGCUGUCCCACCCAGAGGAGUUAUUCGGUCCGGGUCAAGCAGACGGCAUGACUGCUGCCAAAUCGAUUGUGAUUCUGCUGGACGAGUUCGACCUAUUCGUAUCGCAUCCGCGGCAGACAUUGCUCUACAAUCUGUUUGAUAUUGCACAGGCACGGAAGGCUCCGGUUGCGGUGAUUGGAAGUACCACCAAGGUCGACGUGACGGAAAUGCUGGAGAAGCGUGUCAAGAGUCGAUUCAGUCAUCGAUAUGUUUUUGUCCCGUUGCCGAGGACCUUUGAGAUGUUUUCGGAGAUCUGCUUUGCUGGGCUGAAUCUCGAGGAUGGUGAACUGGCAGGAUAUUAUGGAUCUGGUGCGAAAGCUGAGCGUUGGAGGAAGCUCCUCGGGGGCUGGAGAACAUAUCUAGAGGCCUUAUGGAACGAUGAAAACUUCCGCUCACAUCUCAUGAGGAUAUACAACCAAACCAAAUCCGUCAAAGAAUUCUUCACCAGCGCAUUGCUCGCCAUGACCGAACUCCACCACAGCACCUACACCAGCCCACCAGAAGAUCUUACAAUCCCAACUCCAAAGACCUUCGCCAACGAACCCCUCACCUGUCCAGAUCCCGCACCCCUCCCCUUCCAACCCUCCACAACCGCCUCCAGUCCAUCAUCCCUUCCUCUCUCCCUCCUCCUCGCCGCAACCCGCCUAACAGCCCUAUACGACCCGGGCAACGACGCCGCGGCCCAACCGCAGAGCCUCGCCCCACUCGCUCUAUCCUUCCCGGCAGCGUAUGCGGAAUACGCCCGGCUCCUGACAUCAGCCAAGGUCUCUGCGUCAGUGUCCGGAGCUACUGCUACGGCCGGACGGGUCUGGGGCCGGGACGUGGCCCGUGAGGCGUGGGAGAAGCUUGUGAGUUGGGGAUUGGUGAAUCCAGUUGGUGGGGGGAGUGGGACGGCUGAUGGACGGAUGUUUCGGGUGGAGGUCAGUUUUGAGGAGGUUGUUGAGAUGGCUGGGUCUGGGGGGUCGUUGGGGAGGUGGUGGAGGGAUGGUUAA